AUGGCUACGACAGCGAAGCAGGCUGCUCCAGCCCAGCCUGGAGAGCACAAGGUGAAGCCUGAGAAGCCAGAUGAGAAUGCCUACAAGAUCUCUCUGGCCAAUGCGGAGAAGGAACUGGCGACUGCUCAGAAGAAACUGGAAGCAAUCAAGGCGAAGAUAGAAUCCGCUACUCCCAACAACCAGAAUUCGCCUGUCGCUAAGAGGCAGCAGGAACUGCGCAGCCAGCUCGCAGCAAUCCGCCAGCAGCAGCAGGGCUUCAAGGCUUCCCGUACAGCCCUCCAGGAGAAAAUCAACGUUCUCGAUGCCAGCAUCAAGGCUCGGUUCGCCGAGCAGAAGAGCCAACGCGACAGGCUGCCGUUCAAGAGCGUCGAGGAUAUCGAUAAGGAAAUUAUGCGUUUGGAGAGGGAGGUCGACUCAGGCACCAUGAGACUGGUCGACGAGAAAAAGAACCUGGCCGAUAUUUCCAACCUGCGAAAGCAGCGCAAGAACUUCUCCUCCAUGGACGACAGCAAGAAGACCAUUGACGAAAUGAAGGCCCAAUUGGCUACGCUCAAGAAGGGACUUGACAACCCAGAGGCCAAGGCUCUGAGCGAGCAGUACACUGCCCUCCAGAAAGAGCUCGACGAUAUCAAGAGUGAGCAGGACUCCGUCUUCAAGAACAUCAAGUCUCUCCGUGACGAACGAACCAAGAUCCACAAUGAACAGCAGCGGGCAUGGAACAACGUCAAGGAAAUCAAGGACAAUUACCACAGGGCCCGACGAGCAAACAGGGAAUAUGAACAGGAGGCCUACCGUAUCCGCAUGGAGCGCCAAAAGGCCGAGCGAGAGAUCUACGAGCGUGAGAAGAAGAAGAAGAUCGCCGACAAGAAGCUUGAGGAGGCCUCUCUGCCCGCUUACACCGACGAACUUCUCACUGCCGAGGGUCUCAUCCGACACUUCGACCCAACCUUUGACCUUGCCUCUAUCGGUCUCGGGAAGUCCCAGUUGCCGUCCUCCGCUGCCUACCGUGCUCAAGUUGGCCGAACUGUCGAUGACUCUGACAUCAAGGGCGUCAAGGUCAUAAAGAAGGACGACCGUGAUGAAAACUACUUCAUGGGCGGCACUGGUGGAAAGAAGGGCAAGAAGGGGAAGAAGGGAGCUGCUGCUGCUCAGCCAGAGCCCAGCAAGUUCAACCUCAGCUUCGGUGUCCUCGAAGACCUGUCCAGAGUCAAGGUUGAACCUCCAAUGAACCAGUCUGAUGUCCCUGCUUUGAUAGAGACCCUCGUCCAGAAGGUCAAGGAAUGGAAGAGAAACCAGGCCAGCAAGACUGCUGAAAACAUCAAGAAGGCCCAAGAAGAAAUUGACCGCCUGGAGGAAGAAAGCAAGACCGCUGAGACUAAGGCUAGCGGCACCGGCACUCCCCAGGUUGCUGCUGAAACUAACACUGAAGCAAAGACCGUCGACGCUGCAGAGACUUCUGCUGAGACUCAAUAG